CAAAUGCCGCGGCGCGACAUUUCCGAAACGUGCUUCAGCGAGGAACCGGCGUUGGCGCGCGUCGAUUUGACUUCCAAAUGGGGCUGUAGGACGCGAGAUCACGUUCGGGACACCGGUUUUCGAGGCAGUCAGUCGUCUGGUAGCAGUCGAACGACAACCAAUCCAUGCGAAGUGAAUUUUAACGCGUCACCGUCGUCGUCGUCGUCGUCGCGUCGACUCUUCUCGUGUGUGUAUAUCCGACUUUCCUCUCGCGUGUUCGCGCUCGUACCAACUUUCAAAUAGUCGCCUCCGUGUCCCGAUACCUCCCGGUGCAUUCUGUGACUCUUUCCCUCCCUUCGCCCCGCUUUCUCUUUCUUUUCCUCUGCUUUCCACCGUUCUUAUUUAUAUCCCUGUCGCUCGUCGGCCACCAUUGUCGUUGCUUUAUCACAACGCUGAUAAAUGGUCAUCUUCUUGCGCGUCGAGAGUGCAGUAUGGCGCACGCAAUGGAACGAAUGAAAUGUUGAGGGAACAACGAGCUACGUUGGCUAUUCUUCGCCGUUUUCUUUCGCCCAGGCCAACGUGAAACAAUGGAGGACAACCUUGCGAACGAGAUGAAAGAGCUGUGGAUCGUUUACGCCUGGUGGUCAUGCGUUCUCGUUCUGAAGAUGAACGCCCUGACGUGGUUCACUGGGCGAAUUCGAGUCGCCAGACGGGUGAUCCACAGCGAGGAGGACAAAAUAUGGUUGCAAGGUUCCGAUAUAAUUUUGUGUCCGACCGGCGGCGGUCACGAGGACGUGGAUCGCAUUCGAAGUGCACAUCAAUACGAUCUCGCAACCGUGCUCCCUUAUCUGCUAAUUACACCGAUAUGGCUGGCUACGUCACCGUUGUUUCCUGUGGCUCGAAUGAUUUUACCCGGUUUCGCAAUAGUUAGCAUAUCAAGCACGCUGCUACAGAUGAAAAUCGUGAACGUGCAUCGUUACUGCAGCACAGUUCUGUCUCUCUCGGAACUUUGCAUUUUAAUUUACAUGUCCGCCGUAUCUGCGUUUUACUACGCAUUCUGAUGUGUUUCUGGUAAUACGAGAAAACGCGAUCGUCGCACUUUUGCGACGCGACAAGCAGCUUUUUGCGUUCGACGUUUCUCAACAAAUAAAUGUACGCACCAUCCUCGAUGUAACAUCCGCAGUCUAAUUUAUAAGAGAUGAAAGAUAUGAGAUUAAAUGCGAAGGAAGUUGAAGCUUUUAUUUUAUAUUGCAACAAUUUUGGUAGAUAAAGAAAGUCGAACAGAAAGGAAAAAUUGAAUUGUUGUUAACGCAAUAAAAAGAGAAUAAUCGAUCCACAGUCUAUUUAAUUUGUGUAGAAUUGCAGUGUGCGUUUGUCAUCGGGUUCAAUACGUGUCCAGCAACGCUCGUGAUUGUCACGAGCUCAUAUUACAAACCUAUAAUCAAUUCUUUGUCACAAUCAUAAUUUCAAAUAUUUCCUUUCAUUUUUCACACGAGGAAUAACAUGACUCAAUAAAACACACUUGAAAUAUCUGGGUAAAGUUCGUGUUAUACAACGCUCGUUAGCAAGCAAAUCUUCGGUAACUUCCUGUGCGCACGUGGCUCAUUACGUUAUCGUUGUAACUAUCAAUUUCUUAGCUCUUAAGCAAUUACGGUAGUCUUUGUUUUGCUAUUUUUUUUUUCAAUAUACGAAUCAACAAUAUGAUAAACUAGAAUAUAUAUCGUUAUCUAUAUUCAUGUAUUGUCAUUCGCUAUUACUUACAACUUAUUUUAAUUCACCAAAGAAAUUAAGACGACGCGCCGUGCCUCGUUAACAAUAAGUCGAGCACCCUUCUGCUUCCCAAUUUCUAAUCAGACAUGAAAGAAACCGCAGAAGAAAUUAAUUACACUCUUUGUUUCGCAGUCAGCAUGCAAGUUACACAUGUUACUCUGCGUAAGAACGCGAUGAAUGUGAACGCCCGUACGUUUAAGUUCCGAACGUAAACCAAUUGAAAGCAAUGUGCAAUAUUUUCAUUAUCAUUGGUUUUAAUUGAUAAGUAUUUCGCAUCUAUAGAUUAUGACGUGUUUGAUGCAUUACGUCUUUUAAGGUCAAUAGUCAGUUAUUAAGUUAAUUUUAAGUUCGACUUGUUCGGAUUCAUAGAGCCAAGGCAUCGUCGAGUCGUGACUCAACUAGCAAGGAGUACGAAUGAUUCUUUAAGAAAUCGAUCGAAGUGCAAGUUGUCUAGUAUCCCUGGUAAGUCUGUCUUUAUUUUAAUAUCUAAAUUGUGAAUAAUUCAUCAUUCACUUGUACGAGAUAAUGCAAAUUAUAAUGCAAAUAUAUCCACUUUUUUUUCUUUUCUUUUAGAAAACAUUAUCGUUAUAGUUCUCUUUUUCAAGAAUUGUUUCAGAAAAUUGUUUGACACCUUGAAUUCAGAUACUCUUUUGAAUGAUUAAAACUUUUUCCGAUUUGAAACCGGUUUGUUUACGUCAAUCCUAGUUCUACGAAUUCGAACGAGAUAAUUAAAGCGUACGUACGUGAUUUUUCGAAACCUUGACUUACAUUUUUCAUUUCAUUGUAACGGCUUAUUUAUUGUUUAACGCUUAUGAAUGUUUAUAACUUUUCGCUUCGACUAAUUCUUUUAGUCCGCUUAUCUUUAGUUUACUUUAGAGUGGACUAUAGUUACGCGCGCCGAUAGUGCAAUGCCUAUCGCGCGUAAUCUGAUGCAGAGGAACGAAUGACAAGUUGAAAAGAAUCAUUAUGGACAGUGACAGUCGAUUGUUCGCGGAGCUCGACAAAAGUUCCGUGCACAGGUUGCUUCAAAUGGAAGUGUUUGUCUUCGAUUGCAUGUUUUUCUUCACGUUUCUAUAUCUAUUCGUGUAUUUAAUCGGUCGUCAAAUUUAGAGGUUAGGUAUCCCCGUUGUCCUUCACUCGUCGCUAAAGACUGACCGUAGCUUUGGAUUGCGAGCAGAAUUAUUUUUGAUUCGAAGACAUAUAAGUUUACGCAAAUUGCGUAAACUUUAGUCAUGAUUCGACGAGAAAUUAUGGUGCUGUGAUUCAAUUUCAGCAUCGAAAAAUGGAUAUAGAAGAGAGAAUUGUUCGCAAGCGCACUUUCCGAAGUUUUCUGCAACGUAUACCGCAGCGUUUGUCAGAAGUGGUGGAACAUUUUUUCUACGGGCUCGGGUUGCGAAUUGCUCGCCGACCGUUGAAAUGGAUAAUUGGAAGUACUGUGAUAGUAUUAAUUUCCCUUUCUGGUCUAUAUUCUUUUCAUCAAGAAAAAAAUCCUGUGAAAUUAUGGGUUCCACAGGAUUCUGAUUUUGUUCGUGAUACAGAGUGGAUGUUUAAACAAUUUGAACAGGGUUUAAGGAUAGAAAAUAUGAUAUUAACUGCUGAUAACGUAUUAGAACCACAAGUUCUUACAAAGAGUACCUGUCAUAUCAGGUAUUGUGCAUAGAAAAAAACGCAGCGAUCAGUUUGAUGAUUUCUUUGACAUUGAACCAGAGACACAAAUUAAUAACACUAUAUUUGAACCUGCAGUUCAUGCUAGUCCUAAGCUCUAUUGUAAUAUAAUAAAUAACUUGCCAAAAGCUUGCCUUUUAAAUAGUAUUUUGGAUAUAUGGGAAUAUGAUACAAAUAUAAUUCUCCAUAAAUCUAAAGAAGAUAUCAUUAAGGAUGUACAUAAAACAAAAAUUAGUCCUACUUUGGGCCAUCCACUAAACUUUACAGAAUUAUUGGGUGGCAUAGUAAGAGACAAAGAGGGUAGAAUUAUCUCAGCCACAGCUGUAAAAACACAAUGGGCAGUUAAUGUAAAUUUUUCAAAAGUGGAUAUGAAUAAUUUUGGCAACGAUAUUGGAACAGCUGAUUGGGUAAGGCAACAAAUGAUGUAUUACAAUGGGAAUUAUCCUACUUGGAUGUAUUGCAUAAGAAUGCAAGGAUCUUAAACAAUGAAAAUAAUGUAAAUAAUACAUUAGCUAUCUGGUAUGAAGCUGGCAGAAGUUUUGGCGAUGUUACAUUUGUAACAAUGUUCGGAAAUAUUGGUAUAUUAUCAAUAGGGUUCAUUUUAAUGUUUUUUUACGUUCUAGUCAUAUUCUCGGAUUAUACAUGGGUGGGGUGGAGAGUUUAUCUUACAAUUGUUGGUCUUUUGUGUGUGGGUGGCGCUUUUAUUACUUCAAUCAGUAUAUGUUCUGUUCUUGGAAUUGCAUAUGGCCCUGUGCAUACUUCUUUACCUUUUAUGUUGUUGGCUCUUGGAAUAGACGAUAAUUUUUUAAUAAUGGCGUCUUGGAAAGAAGUACAUACACGCAAGUUGAAUCGAAAUAAGCCAUUAGAAGAAAGAAUAGCUUUAAUGUUAGGACACGCAGGCUCUGCUAUUAUUAUUACUUCUCUUACUGAUGUUGUUGCUUUUAUUAUUGGUGCAUCUACAAUAUUGCCAUCUCUUCAAUCGUUCUGCAUUUACGCGGCAGUUGGAGUACUACUGACGUUUUUAUUUCAAGUCACGUUUUACGUUGCCUUUUUCUCCAUCGAUGCUCGACGAAUUGAGAGUAAAAGAAAUUCGAUAUUGCCUUGCAUCGUUCAUGAAAACUUUGAACAGAAAUUCAUCAGUCCGCAAGAAGAACUUCCCGCCAAGUUGAUAAAUAAAUUAUAUUCAAAUGUGGUUUUGACAAAACUUGGGAAAAUAAUGAUAGUAUUAAUAACAAUAGUUGCAACAUCGUUUGGAAUUAUGGGUACAUUAAAGUUGGAGCAAUGGUUCGAUCCAGAUUGGUUUAUACCAAGCCAUUCGUACCUAAGCAAAUAUAUCAGUGCACUACACACUGAAUAUCCUGAACAAGGUUACGAAGCAAUGAUUCUUAUGGGAGAUCUCAACUAUACCGCCGAGUUUCCAAAGUUAAUAAACUUCGUGGAACGAUUUGAAAAUUUAUCAACGAUACAAAGUAUACAUCCAUGGCCCAAUGAUUUUGCCAAAUUCGUCUCGGAAUAUUUUCAAAAAGAUUUGAGGAAUGUAACAUUAGAGGAUGCGGAAUUCCGGGAAUAUUUAUCCAAGUUCCUAUUUAGUCGAAAUGGAGGCAAAUAUCAACGAAACUUUCGCUUCGAAAAGAGUUUAACGUGCGGCGAAGAUACUGCACCGAUUCUAGUAGCUACCAUAGAUUUUACCUUUAGACGAUUCUAUAGUCCUCACCAGUGGAUCCCAGCAAUGGAUGAAAGCAAGCAGAUGACGCAUGAUGCUGGAAUCGGUGGUUUCAUUACAGUCUGGAGCGAAGUAUUCAGCUUAUGGGUCACUGAUAAAUUAAUUGCUCAAGAAGUGCAGCGUAAUGUUUUCUUGGCUCUGAUUUGUGUUAUGGGCAUGACAGCGUUGUUAAUCGCUGAGCUGCAGACAUGUUUCUGGAUCUUCUUAUGCGUACUUCUUACACUUUUAAAUGUUUGUGGAUUUAUGUAUUUUUGGGGUUUGACAAUAGAUAUUUCAUCUUGCAUUGGCUUAGAAUUGGGCAUCGGAUUAUGUGUGGAUUACGCAGCUCAUGUUGCACACGCGUUUAUCAAUGCUGCAUGCGAAAAUGAAGAUCGUACAAAGAGAGCACAUGUCGCUGUGAGAUACAUUGGAGCAGCGGUUGUAUAUGGUGCUGGUUCAACGUUACUUGCACUUUCCAUGAUGAUAUUUUCGGACAGUUAUGUGUUUCAUUUGUUUUUGAAGAUUUUUGUUUUGGUAAUAUUAUUUGGUCUCUGGCACGGAUUGUUUCUUCUGCCUGUUAUAUUAAGCACGAUUGGGCCAGCAAGUCUACGAUCACACAAAGAACCGGAAUCUGCUGAGAAAGUGGAGGAUGCAGGCGACAGUGUUACUAGUCCCUUGAAUAAAGAAACGGAGAGUUAAACAUUACGCCUAAGAGAUGAUUCUUUAUCAAUAAUAUUUAUUUUUGGUUCAAUAAACAUACAAAAUUAUUACACUAUUCGUACUAUUAAUCACACAUUUAUACAAAAAUAAUAAUAAUAAAGAUCGGAUAACUUAAAAACGGUAUUAUUUAUAUAUAUAUAUUUUUUUU